UGCGAGCGCAGUGGGUGGGACGGACGGCGGUGUCUCUGUGCUGCGUUGCGCUUACUGGGCUGGGCCGGGCUUCGGCGGCGACGGAGACGGCUGCAGAGGCCGAGGCGCUGACCGGGUCGUCAGCGGGCUGCUGUGGUCUCUAGCAGCCUCUUCGCGCGCCCAGCAUUCCCCGGGCGGCGUCUGGCCGUGGCGCUCAGCCUGCUAGUGAGCUGCGGUGGGCACACCCCUGGCGCGGCGGCGGCAGACAGGUUAGAGUGGGGGAAGGGGCAGGCGCGGGAGCCACUUGGGGCUAGAGAGGGAGCCCGAAGCCAGGCAGUCUCCAGCCAUGUCCGACGAGACGUCGGCCACCACUUCGUAUGAGAAGUUUCUAACCCCCGAGGAACCCUUCCCCCUUCUGGGACCCCCUCGCGGGGUGGGCACCUGCCCGAGCGAGGAGCCAGGUUGCCUGGACAUCAGCGACUUUGGCUGCCAGCUGUCCUCUUGUCAUCGCACCGAUCCGCUCCACCGCUUUCACACCAACAGGUGGAACUUAACUUCUUGUGGAACAAGCGUUGCCAGCUCAGAAUGCAGUGAGGAGCUAUUUUCAUCAGUUUCUGUUGGAGAUCAAGAUGACUGCUAUUCCCUGUUAGAUGAUCAAGACUUCACUUCUUUUGAUUUAUUCCCCGAGGGAAGUGUCUGCAGUGAUGUCUCUUCUUCUAUUAGCACAUACUGGGAUUGGUCAGAUAGCGAGUUUGAAUGGCAGUUACCGGGCAGUGACAUUGCCAGUGGGAGUGAUGUACUUUCUGAUGUCAUACCCAGUAUUCCGAGUUCACCUUGCCUGCUUCCUAAAAAGAAAAACAAGCACCAGAAUUUAGAUGAACUUCCUUGGAGUGCAAUGACAAAUGAUGAGCAGGUGGAAUAUAUUGAGUAUUUGAGUCGUAAAGUCAGUACGGAGAUGGGUCUUCGGGAGCAACUUGAUAUUAUUAAAAUAAUUGAUCCUUCUGCUCAAAUCUCCCCUACAGACAGUGAGUUUAUUAUUGAACUUAACUGUCUCACAGAUGAAAAACUGAAGCAGGUCAGAAACUAUAUCAAGGAGCAUAGCCCUCGCCAACGGCCUGCAAGAGAGGCCUGGAAGAGAAGCAACUUUAGUUGUGCCAGCACCAGUGGAGUGAGCGGUGCCAGCGCCAGUGCCAGCAGCAGCAGUGCCAGCAUGGUCAGUUCUGCAAGCAGCAGUGGGUCCAGUGUUGGAAACUCUGCUUCAAACUCCAGUGCCAACAUGAGUCGAGCACACAGUGACAGCAACUUGUCUGCAAGUGCAGCAGAGCGGAUUCGGGAUUCAAAAAAGCGAUCCAAGCAGCGGAAGUUACAGCAGAAGGCCUUACGCAAGAGGCAGCUGAAAGAGCAGAGGCAGGCUCGGAAGGAGAGGCUCAGUGGGCUCUUCCUCAAUGAAGAAGUGCUGUCCUUGAAAGUGACUGAGGAAGACCAUGAAGCAGAUGUAGAUAUUUUGAUGUAAUAAGGGUGAAUUUUUCAGCAUUCUUUCUAAACAUUAAAGUAUUCUCCUUUUA